UCACACAGUGCGCGCACACACGCUCACUCGAAGGCUGCGUGAGGAACACACACGCAUACACACUCCAGGUACACUGGAGGAUGGGAAACCACGUGAGGAUCAUUAUUUUCAUCGUUACUCUCAGCCUGGUCAUUCUGUGGUCCUGCUGGGAGAAACUCCCUGAGGAUCUUUUUCCAAGUCGAAGCUACAUUGGUUGUCAACCAGAAACUUUGAAGGUUCUGAUGGAGAGCUAUACUGUUAAUUUAUCCAGUUUUACACCUGGUUUCAAUGCUAAACCCACCCUCAUCUCACCUGAAGAACUACAGUAUAUAAAGGAGGAGCUAAAGUGGCCGGCCCCGCCCAUCAACGUGACUGCAGCCAAUCAGGCAACGAGCGCUCACACAAGUUCGUAUGCGCUGCUGAAUCCGCGUGAACUCUACAGCGUUGGGGAUGUAAUCACAGUGAUGAUAACGGCGAGGGACGGUCUGAAGAACCCCAAAACGUACGGCGGGGAUUUCUUCCAGGCUAAGCUGUUUAACGCCGAGCUGAAGGCCAGCGUAUUCGGACAGGUGUUCGACCACAACAACGGCACCUACACCGCCAACUUCAUGCUGCUGUGGGAGGGACUGGCCAAGGUGUCGAUACGGAUGAUCCACUCCAGUGAGGCCGUACAGGUUCUACUCCGGCACCGAGAGCUAGAACCGGAUAAGGUGUACUUCCUCGGGGUGUUCAGGAAUGGCAGUCAGGCUGAAGAGGUGGUGUGUAACGCUCAGAGGAGUGUGAGGCUGAUGCUGGGCUCUCCGUGCUGCUGUGAAUACCGGCAUCCCAUUACUGACGAAACCUGGGUCUGCCGGAAACCCCAGAACCUGCCGUGCUCAGCCUGGGUCUACCACAAAAUGGGCGGGUACCAGGCUAUACUGUCCUCCCUGGAGUCCUCCCUCUUACACGGCAGCGUCACUAAAGUUAUUCUGACCGGAGGCGAUGUUCAAGUGAGCGUGUCCCAUCAUGAACCGGUUUUGGGUGAGGGUGUGAAGUGUGUUCCUGGACUGGGCACACCUUCACCCGCUGGUUUCUAUCUGCAAAACAAGUGGACAUCACUGCUGUGCCACGCCCAGUCCUUCCGCUCAGCCAAUCAGAUUGCAGCAUGUUUGAAAGAUAAGCAGAUGCUGAUGAUGGGGGACUCCACGCUGAGGCAGUGGUACGAGUACCUGCUGAGCCAAGUACCGACCCUUAAGCAGUUGAACCUCCACACCUCAGCCAAGUCUGGACCGUUCGAGGCGGUGGACGUGGACAACAACAUCCGCAUGGUGUGGAGAGCUCACGGCCUCCCGCUCCGGACCUCCGUCACCCCGUACGCCGACCUGCACUACAUCUCCUCCGAGGUGGACACUCUCGCGGGAGGUCAACACUCAGUCGUGGUCUUCACCAUCUGGGCACAUUUUACCACCUUUCCUCUGAUCACGUACCUGAGAAGACUGGCCAGCAUCCGCCAGGCCAUCCUGUCCCUCCUCCAGAGGGCGCCAGAGAGCCUGGUGGUGAUAAAGACGGCGAACACCGGCUACAGCGACGUCUACGGCAGCGACUGGCUGUCCUGGCAGCUGGACUCCGCAUUAAGGAUCAUGUUUAAGAAUCUGCCCGUUGUGUUUAUUGACGUUUGGCAAAUGACAUCAUGCUACAGGUCGCCAGAUAACAUCCACCCGCCUCGUGAUGUCAUAGAGAACGAGGUCGACAUGUUCCUCUCGUUUGUGUGCCCGAAAUGACGACUGAUAUAAAAAUAGAGGCAGUUAAUAUCUCAGGGAUUUCCAGAUCCAGAACAGACCCGACUCCCCGGCUGUUUUAGAGGGUCUUCGUGGAGCUUCAUUCCUAUUUAAGGACAUUUACCAAACUUUACCAACUUAUCCCAACUUCCUAACUCAUCCCGCCUUAUUACAACUACCCAACUCAUCUCACUUUCUUAAAUCAUCCCAAUUUAUUCCAACUCCCCAACUCAUCACACUUUAUCCCAACUCUCCAACUGAUCUCCAACUAAUUCCAAAUCCCUAAAUCAUCCUCAACUCAUCCCCCACCUAUCCUUAAAUAAUUUAAAGUCUCAACUCAUCCUACUUUAUUACAACUCAUCCUAACUCCCUAACUCAUGCCAACUCAUCCCACCUUAUCCCAACCCUCAAACUCUUCCCCAACUCAUUUCCAACUAAUCCCAACUCUCUAACUCAUCCCACCUUAUCCCAACUCAUCCCCCCUUGCUAACUCAUGCCAACCCAUCCCACCUUGUCCCAACUGCUCACCUUGUCCUCAUCUCAACACCUCUGCUAAUCCCAACUGAUCCCAUUCAGAAGUACUGAAUUAAUCAUCAUUCCAGAGAACACAGUUCUUCCACUGCUCUACAGAUUAAUACUGGGGGUUUAAACCCCUCUAUAACUCACGUCUGGCCAUAGAUAUGAUGCCAACAGGUCUGCAAAGCAGCUGAAUAAAUGUAUUUAUUAGAAGGCGGGGCCACAAACAUUUAGGCUAAUAGUGUGGGUGUGGUUCUUAGCAUUGGCCACUGACUCAAACUCAUU